GGAGGAUGCAGCUCGAUCUUUCUCGUUGCUGCAAUUAUCCUGUGCUCGCGGACAUAUUUGAAACCGCAUAGCUCUUGUUGCAACAAACACACAGACACACACACAAAAAAAAAGAUAAGCGUAUGGAUAUCUUCUUGAAACUUAUAGGACGCCGUGUCUUGCGAAAUGGUGUAGAGGCAUGCUGAAACUUGGUUUCUUGCCAGAUUUAACACGUGCUUCCAACAGAGCUGUACGGGCAGUUGUGUGAAAAGAAAAAUGUUUCUCAAACGUGUCGUUCUUCGUCCGGUUACGCCUUUGUGGGCUAAUAAAGUCAUGCGGCUAGUAACAACAUUUACUCCGGCAAUGCCGCCAUGUGAUGAGAAGCCAAAGCCUUACCAGGGAAAACCGUGGGCAGAGGUUGUGGCCUUACGAAAGAGCCACUUGAAUCCAAGUCUAAGCAGCAACCUCUUAUACAAGGAGCCCUUGCUGCUUACGCAGGGCCAUAUGCAGUGGCUCUGGGAUCACAAGGGCAAACGCUAUCUAGACAUGUUUGCUGGAAUUGUCACAGUCAGCGUAGGCCACUGUCACCCGAAAGUAGUUGCAGCUGCUGAGAAGCAACUGAAGCAGCUCUGGCACACGUCUAAUGUGUACCUUUACCCUACUGUGCAUGAGUUUGCUGAAAAACUCGCUGAAAAGAUGCCUGGUGACCUGAAAGUGUGCUACUUCACUAAUAGUGGCUCAGAGGCCAAUGAUCUGGCCAUGAUGAUGGCACGACUUUACACAGGAGCACAUGACAUUAUUGCUCUGAGAAAUGCCUACCAUGGAAUGAGCCCAUACUGUGCCAGCUUAUGUGCUGUUGGCAAUUACAAGCACCACAUACCAUCCAACUUUGGUGUAUUUCAUGCAAUGAAUCCUGAUCCAUAUCGAGGUGUCUGGGGUGGCUCCAAGUGUCGUGACUCGCCAGUUCAGGCAGACCGCACCUGUUCAUGUGGCACAGAAUGUCAAGCUGCCUCUCACUAUGCUGAUCAGCUGAAUGAAGUACUACAGCAGUGUGUCUCCAAAAAGAAGGUGGCAGCUUUUUUUGCUGAAAGCAUACAGGGUGUUGGAGGCUCUGUGCAAUACCCAAGAGGCUAUCUUAAAAAAGCCUACGAUUUGAUCAAGAAUAAAGGUGGCCUUUUUGUUGCAGAUGAGGUCCAAACUGGAUUUGGACGGACUGGUGAGAACUUCUGGGGCUUUGAAGGUCAUGGCAUAAUGCCAGAUAUUGUGACCAUGGCAAAAGGCAUUGGCAAUGGCUUUCCACUAGCUGCAGUCGUCACAACACCUGAAAUUGCCAAAGCCUUGGAUGCAGCUAGCUUUUUCAACACAUUUGGUGGCAACCCUGUAGCCACUGCUGUUGGGUCAGCUGUUAUUGAUGUUUUAGAUGAAGAUGGCUGCAUGGAAAAUAGUCAUGUGACUGGAACUCGACUACUGCACGCCUUAGAGUCACUGAGAAAAGAAUAUCCGGUGGUCGGUGAUGUCCGAGGCAAGGGGCUCAUGAUCGGCAUGGAACUUGUCGAGAGAAAGGAAACAAAAGUGCCUCUUGCAGCAAUGAAAGUAAAUGCCAUCCUUGAGGACUGCCGUGAAAUGGGCCUUCUUAUUGGCAAGGGUGGUCAGCAUGGGCAUGUGUUGAGGAUCAAGCCUCCCAUGUGCAUCACUGAGGCUGAUGUGGACUUCACAGUGGCAGUGCUGAGGACAGCCAUUGCUCGUAUUGAGCAGCAGUGACAUGCUUUGUCAUGAUAUCAAAUUUGUGAUUUUGUCAUUUCAUUACACUGGGUCAAAAAGCAUUGCCUUAUAUCGUACUAUCAGUGCACCAUAGGGUUAUGAGGCCAAGUAGAAAAGUUUCCUUUUUUUCACUAGGGCAUUAUUUGGUUUUUGGUCAUGUUAAAUGUGGAGUGUAUCAUCUGUCAUUUUGCUGCAUAAAGUUUCUGUCUACACAGUUUCUAUGGAAAGAUAAAAGUGAAUAUGUUAGGCCGCCCAUAAACUACGAAACCGAAACUGAAAGUGCAGUAUGGUGUGUACCAUAAGGUUAGCAUGAUAUGUAGUAUUUUGUUGGUUUACAGGGGUGUUAUAGCUGCACCAAUUUUUCCCGAUUUGUGCACCAAGCUGUACCAAAACCAUGAAAUUUGUAGAAACUGCGCCACGCGGCACCUAAAGGCCCGACCAGCCUCAAAAUUUUAUCAGUUGCACCAAUUUCAGUAAGAAAUGCAGUCCACGUUGGCCACCAGCUCUUUGCGUCAUUAAUCAAUGCAGGAAUCGAAGCACGCAAACCAUACUCGCGAAAUGCGAUCGACCAGAUGAAGUAACUAUGCGGCGUGCCCAUUGGUCCGCUGACUGUAGCAGAUCUCUAUCGGUGGGACGACACAGCUUGAAGACAACAAUGCGUUACUGUAGCCAGCAACACUUCACGGGAAAUAGGAAUUUCCUAGUCGGCAAAUGCGGCUAUGGCAUGUUAGGAACUAAAGCUGGAAGCGUAUGCUGCUGUUACUGCGUGCGAACAAAGUUUAUGUGCUGCGAACACCAGCGUUGUCGGCAACCACCUUAGCUCCCAUAGCAACAGCAUAUGUGAUAGGUAUCCGGAGCUGUCGCCAGGCUAAUGGGUGCAUACCGUUGUUACUUAAGUCAAAUAGGCCUUGCAAGCGAGCCGAGUUGUGCCCUAAACCUAAACCCAUUGUGAAAAAAAGAGGGGGGGUGCAGCGGUUCGAAAAUUUCUUCGCCUAAACCGCUACAGAACGCUGUUUGAGCCCCCUUCGCUGUGGUACACCAAUGGUGCGAAAAAGCAUUGUAAGAUUUGAUAGGGGUUGUUAGCACUAUUCAUAAAACACAGCACAGUUUGCUCAGUUACUCAUGCGUGCGUACGCCGCCUUAUUGUAAGUAUUAAUGUGAUUGCUGACGUGUAAACAAUUUACUGGGAAUCUUACUGGCACUGUAUGACACAUCUGUAACCCCCUCGAAAAAUCAAUCGAAACUGAGCACCAGUUUUUUUUUUUUUUUUUUUUUUUUUUUUUGCUGCUCCUAUUUUUCAGUUUUUACGAAUCUCCCGAAUGUCAAGAUCGCCAGCUUGGCAUAUCCACAUUUGAGUCCUCAGAGGCUGUCAAAAGAUUUGACAGGUGUCGCAAAUGCUAAUGUGGACUUUAUCAUUGUUUUCUGGGGGGGUGGUUCAAAAUAUUACUUUUAUUAAAAUAGCAGUGCUCAUAUUCACUCUACAUGAUUUAGAGAAUGUUGAAUUGUUUGUACAAUUUUUUUUCUAAAUGCAAGCCUUCUUUUCCAUACUGCUCGAAAUUCAGUCUUUUGUAAUAAAAAUUAACGUUUUUCCCCAUAA